CUCUUUGCCGACGUUGCUUCAGUAGUCACGUGACUUUCUUAAAACGAAAACAUGGCUGCAACGGGUUUAAGCUUUCGGUGGCUUGACAUACUAGAAAAAGAAUUUGACAAGGCAUUUGUGGAUUUAGAAAUAUUAAUCGAUGAAUUUGAUUCGGAAGAGCCUGAUGUUGUUUAUACAGCGCGACAGAAAAUGGCAACACUGAGCUCCUGUUUCGCACAGCUGACUCAUAAAGCUCAAACAAUUUUUCAGAACAGCGCCAAGGUUGAGGAAUUGUUGUCCUUCGUUAAUUCAGUGGUCAGUUUGGAACGUUAUGAAAUAAAUAGUUAAGCGUGUUGGCGUUGUGCAAUAGAGAGGAAGAUUUAAAGUAGAGCAUAAAGAAUAUUGACCACAGUAUGAUUCGUUCUAUUAACCAUUAAACCGUGUAGCAAGGUAAAACAAAACUGUACUUACCAGUACAAUUUGCACCAUAAUUUUGCAUUAAUUUGCUACAUAUCAA